ACUAGAGAAUCUAGGAUCCACCUUGGGAUCCACGGUUCCCGCCUUGUUCCUGGUUGACGUUCUCACGAAUCUUGAGAGUUCUUGAGAGUCCGAGCUGAAUCACCUCGGGAUUGUCGCUCCAUCUCCCGUUUGCCCCUUUGGGUUGGAAUCUGCAGAAGUCUCAGAGAGGAAGCCGGCCUGCAUCUCUCUCUCGCUUACGUCUAUACGAGCCUGCGACCUGCGAUUCGCACCGCCAUGGUUUCCGUUUUGCGACUUCCUGUCACGUCCGUCGCGUCUUCAGCCGUUGGUUCGUCGAACCCCGGCCUCCGAUCCGCGUCCUCUCGCACCGUCGCCUCGCCAGCAUCCUUCGUACCUUUCCGCGUGCCUCUCGGCGCUCCUCUCCCCGUUUCUCGCUCCCCUUCACGAUCUCACCGCGCGGCUGACCGUCAGUCCGUGCGAUCGAUGGCGACAGACGCAGCAGCGACCCUCCCCGCGAAGAGCGGCGAAAUCCUGCCUGGCGAGCCGUUACCAGAGGGCUACGAAAAGAUGGAUCCGUAUUCGCUGAUCCCGGCGAGGCGGUGCGGCGUUCUGGUGCAUCCCACGUCGCUGCCCGGCCCGCACGGCAUUGGCGACUUCGGGCCCGGCGCGUUCAAGUUUCUGGAUUGGCUGGAGUCCACGGGAUGCACGAUCUGGCAGGUGCUGCCUCUGGUGCCGCCAGGCAGGAAGUCAGGUGAAGACGGCAGUCCCUAUGCUGGCCAGGACGCCAACUGCGGCAACACGCUGCUGCUGUCGCUCGACCUGCUCGUGCAAGACGGCCUCCUAGAGCCGUCUGACCUCCCUCCUACUCGUCCCGUGCAGCGGGUGGACUACAAGCAGGUCAUCAGGGACAAGGAUCCCGCCGUUGCCAAGGCGGCGAGGGCACUGGUGAGGAGCAAGGGCAAGCUCAAGGAGGACUUUGACGCCUUCAGACAAGCGCCCACCAUUUCUGCAUGGCUGGAGGAGGCCGCCCUCUUCAGCGCCAUCGACGGCGAGCAGGGGGUGGAGUUCUGGUGGCUGUGGCCCAAGGAGCUGCGGGACAGAGAGCCGCAGGCCAUCGCUGCUGCUAAAGAGAGGCACAGAGAAUACAUUGACGAGUUUGCCGCCCAGCAGUUUCUGUUCCAGCGGCAGUGGCAGGCGCUGCAUCGCCAUGCGAACAGCAAGGGCAUCCGGAUCAUGGGCGACAUGCCCAUCUACGUGGGCGGCCACAGCGCCGACGUGUGGGCCAACCCGGAGCAAUUCAUGCUGGACCCUGAAACCCGCAAGCCCACGCUUGUGAGUGGCGUGCCGCCCGACGCCUUCAGCGCCACGGGGCAGCUGUGGGGCAGCCCUCUGUACAACUGGCCCGCCAUGGCCAAGGACGGGUACUCGUGGUGGGCCAAGCGCAUGCGGAGGGCGUUCGACCUGUACGAUGAGUUCCGCAUCGACCACUUCCGUGGGCUGGCAGGGUACUGGAGCAUCCCGGCGGACUCAGAGACCGCCAUGAACGGAACCUGGACGAUGGGGCCGCGCAAGGCGUUCUUUGAGGCGAUUCAGAAGGCAGUGGACAAACCCAUCGACAUUGUGGCAGAGGAUUUGGGUGUGAUCACAGUGGAUGUGGUUGAUCUGCGUCGCGAGAUUGGCGCUCCCGGAAUGGCAGUCCUGCAGUUCGCCUUUGGCAGUGACGCCAAGAACCCCCAUCUGCCACACAACCAUGAGCAGAACCAAGUGGUCUAUCCUGGGACUCAUGACAAUGACACGGUCGUUGGCUGGUGGGAGGGGAUUCCCGAGUGGGAAAAGAACAAUGUGCGCGUGCUGCUGGGGCUGACGCCCGAGCAGGAGAAGGAGAUCCAGUGGGCGAUCAUCCGGGCGGCAGUGUCGUCUGUAGCGCGCACCACGGUGAUUGCGCUGCAGGACGUGAUGGGGUUGGAUAACAGUGCCCGCAUGAACGUGCCUGCUGUGCAGGCGGGCCAGUGGGGCUGGAGGGCGGGCGAGUCAGGCCUAUUUGACUCCCUCGAUGCAGAAGCGGCGCGGCUGCGGAUGCUGCUGGUGGCGUUCAACCGAGCGGCGCCCCUGCCGGGUAACUGGACGGCCUUCUGGCGCUUCCUGCAGCGCCGAGAGGCCGCGCUCUUCGCCCCACCUCUCUCUGAAACCCCCCCUGCUGCUCCCUCCGUGAAGACAAGUGACAAGUGACAAGUGGCGCUGUCUACAUCUGCACGGACUCAUUCGGCUCGGCAUUCACCAGCUCUUCGUCGUCUCUUGGCAUCAAGCGGUCCCAACCCAACCCACGGCUCGGGCAGCCUUGAAAAUUUCCAGUGCUUUUUCUCAUCCCCCGCCCUCCAAUGUUCCAGGCGGGCCAGUGGGGGUGGAGGGCGGGGGAGGAGGGGCUGUUUGCAGGGCUCGGGGAGGAGGCGAGCAGGCUGAGAGCCAUGCUGGGGGCUUUCAAUAGAGGGGCACCUGUGGUGGCGGUGGAAGACGAGGCAGGUGGGGUGGAGGAAGGUCCAGGUGGGGAGGAAGGGGAAGGGGUAGUGGUAGGUUUGAAGGGUGAUGCAGCUACUGUGGUGGUGGGGGAAUAGGAGCAGCGAACUUGGGCAGCUGUGAAUGGUGAGAGGGUAGGACACUGGGUAGUAGAAUGAAGGAGCCCCCUGUGAAAUCUCUAUCACACAGAGCACCAAUGAGUUUUGUGGUUAGCAAGUAGUAGUGUUUUUGGCUGGUACUUCAGCUAAGCAAUAAAAACAUCCUACCAUUACACUGGAUAAUUUGGUGUCCAUUGGAUAGCAAGGCUC